AUGACCUCCUUCACAGUCUCUACCAUGACGGAACACAUGCCCUGCAUGUCCUUGGGUGACCCACACAGUUGCAUGGACCCGUUUCCGAACAAGGUGAGAGACGUGGCCGUGCCCGUGCUGAGGUUGGGCUGGAACUUCAGCUUGGUAAACGAGCUCGUAGCUACCGACGAGGUCACGCCCGACAUGGAGCAGAUCCUCCUCGAAUACGCGGAUAUCAGGGUAACUAACUCUGGAGUCAGCAUCAUGUGCGAAAUCCUCGAUCCUCUCGAGUGCACUCCGAAGAAUAUGCUGGAUCCCGGAAGGAUGCCCGAUAUGAUCACGCUCGACACAACCGGCUCCAGUGUCCACAUCGUAACCAGAACGUUCUUGCUUUGCCAUCUGCACACCGGUAUGAGCUUCCUGAGCGUACCUUCGACGACCGGACUGCAGCCCAUGCCCACCUUGAACGAGGACACUAUCGACUCCGUGAAGCAGUGCAACAACAAGACGACUGCCGAGCAGGUGUAUGAGCUCUCAGUCAUGAUGUCGGACAUGUCGUCAGGCGAAACCGCAUACGAAUUUCUCGAGAUGUACAAGGCUGUCCUGGCAGAGAUGCUCACAAUAAAGGCAAUCUCCGAGAAGUGCAAACAUUACGCAAGCAAGUCCAACGAGGUUCGCCAUGACGCAGGUCGUGUCCAUGGUCGUAUACACGAACUCAGAGACGGAGGUCGCCAUGAGGGUGUACGCGGGUAG